AUGGAAGGAUCUCUCGAUGGAACACUGCAAGACACUCAGAAGGUAGCAUCUUUGAGCGAAGAAGAUAAGGGGGUGGUUGUUGAAACUGCUGCUGAUGAAGAUGGUGUUAGGUCUUUCAGUGAAACCACUCCGGAUGGUGAUAUUGCCGUCACUGAUGAAGAGGCAAUUCAAAAUGAGGAGAAGAAGGAGUUGAUUGAGUCCAGCAAAGUUGAAGAAAGAAUAUAUGUUUUUGAGUCAGUUGCUGAUGAUUCUUUUGAGCCUGGUGCAACAAAAGAUGCUCAAGUUGAUACUGUAGAAUUGGAAUUGAAGGACAAGGAAUGGAAAGAUUUUGUAUCCGAUGUAGCUGUGGCUGAUGAUGGGGUAAAGGAAGCAAAAUUGCUUCCUUCAGAAGACAAUAAAGAGAUCUCUUCAGUUUCAGGUAAUGAGGGCUUAAGAGAAACUGAAGUGGUUGAAACAAGUAUUAAGGACAUGGCAGUUGUUGAAGAGAAGAAUGUUUUGUCUUCAGUUGUCACAUAUAGGUUCAAUAGGGAGGGUGAAGAACCAAUUGAAAUCUAUGGUAAUUCUUCUUUGACUCCAAUUGAUGUGACUUCUAAGGAAACUAUGGAGAUAAGUAUUCCAAAAUCAGAUGAGAGUGAGAAGGUUCCUCCAACCAUAAUUGAGAAAUCACUGGAGUCAUCUAUGGUUGAUAAAGUUGGGGAACCAUCAAAUGAAAGUGCUAAGGAGUCUUUUCAAGUUCAACCAAUGCCAAAUGUUCAUGCUGAAGGCACUAUUGCCACUGUGCAAGCAAAGACUGAAGUAGUACCAAGAAGCACUGAAAAUGGGACCUCUUGGAUGAGUUGCUGCGGACUCUUUGAUAUUAUGACGGGUGGUGGUAGAUAA